AGCCUGUGCUAUUGUCUUACUCUGAGCUGUACUGUGUAUCGCAGUGUCUGGGUUCAGCUCUUCAUUCAGAUCCACUGCAGCAAGACAAGAGAGUACUUGGUCUUUCAUUUCAGCUGAAUUUCCAGCAGAAGCUUUUGGCUUUUACUUGUAAGAGAAGCAUAAACAGUAUUUUGUUGAGGACUGCUGUGUGUUGUAUCAGCUUUCAGGCUUGAACAAGGCAGCUGGCAGCCGCAGAGCUUGGGCUGCAUUGUCUAGUCUCAUGACCCCUGCUGUGUAGGUGCCUCAUCUUUUUGCAGCAUCUGAACCAGCCAUGUUCGGCACGGAGUCUUCAUUGAGUAUGUUUUUGAAUACAUUAACCCCCAAAUUCUACGUUGCUCUGACAGGCACAUCUUCUUUAAUCUCUGGGCUUAUUCUGAUAUUUGAGUGGUGGUAUUUUCGAAAGUAUGGGACAUCAUUUAUUGAGCAGGUGUCAGUCAGCCACUUACGACCGUUGCUUGGUGGGGUGGACAACGCUGCCCCCAGUAACUCCACCUCCAAUAACGGAGAGACUGAUUCCAACAGACAAAGUGUAUCAGAAUGUAAGGUGUGGCGGAAUCCACUCAAUUUAUUCAGAGGAGCAGAAUACAAUCGGUAUACAUGGGUAACAGGAAGGGAACCUCUGACAUAUUAUGACAUGAAUCUUUCUGCACAAGAUCAUCAGACCUUCUUCACUUGUGAGACUGACCACUUGCGGCCUGCAGACGCUACUUGUCACAGGAUUUUGGAGUUGUCCCAGUUGAAUUGGUGGCUUUCCUUGUCCAUGUGGAUUGAGAUGAUAAUGCAGAAAGCUUGGAGAGAGAGGAACCCACAAGCAAGAAUUUCAGCAGCGCAUGAAGCUUUAGAAUUAAAUGAGGUAUUUUACCAUUGGCAUCCACUGCUACAGCCGCUGCAAGCAAAGAGAAGGACCCAAAAUGGAAUAAACUUCACAAUAUGUGCCACUGCCUACAUUCUUUUGGCUGAAGAAGAAGCCACUACUAUUGUGGAAGCAGAAAGACUUUUUAAACAGGCACUAAAAGCAGGGGAGGUUUGUUAUAGACGGAGCCAACAACUGCAGCACCAUGGAGCUCAGUAUGAAGCACAGCACAGGAGGGACACAAAUGUAUUAGUUUACAUUAAGAGAAGAUUGGCAAUGUGUUCGCGAAAACUGGGAAGGACAAGAGAAGCGGUAAAAAUGAUGCGGGAUCUGAUGAAGGAGUUUCCCCUUCUCAGUAUGUUCAACAUUCAUGAAAAUUUACUGGAGGCACUUUUAGAGCUACAGGCUUAUGCUGACGUGCAAGCUGUUUUAGCCAAAUAUGACGAUAUUAGCUUACCAAAGUCAGCAACAAUAUGUUACACCGCAGCACUUCUUAAAGCAAGAGCAGUCUCUGACAAAGCUCCUACGCAGUGCAAUCCCAGUGGUAACAGCAUGGCUGGUUGUAGGCUGUUGAUGUCCUUGGUGAAGUUUGCAGACAGGCUGGGAUAUACCAACUUGACAAUUACUGCAGCAGUCUGGGCCGACUGGCUGGCAGGCAAAAGCAGGGCCACAGGCAGUUGUGAAGAAAGGACUGCUGUCGUCCAGAGAAUGGACCGUGGGAUUAGAACUCCAGCCCCUCCUCCCAGAUUCUCACCAGAGGCUGCCUCAAGGCGAGGGCUGAGUACUGCAGAAAUGAAUGCUGUAGAAGCAAUACACAGGGCAGUAGAAUUUAACCCACAUGUACCCAAAUAUUUAUUAGAAAUGAAAAGUUUAAUACUUCCACCAGAACAUAUUCUGAAGAGAGGAGACAGUGAAGCAAUAGCAUAUGCAUUCUUCCAUCUUCAACACUGGAAACGGGUAGAAGGAGCUCUCAACCUAUUACAUUGUACCUGGGAGGGAACUUUUCGAAUGAUCCCCUAUCCCUUGGAAAAAGGUCAUCUUUUUUAUCCAUAUCCAAUUUGCACAGAGACUGCAGACAGAGAAUUGCUGCCAUCAUUUCAUGAAGUUUCAGUGUAUCCCAAGAAGGAGCUUCCAUUCUUCAUCCUGUUCACAGCCGGCCUGUGCUCCUUCACUGCCAUGUUGGCUCUCCUCACACAUCAGUUUCCAGAACUCAUGGGAGUCUUCGCAAAAGCUCAUCAGAUAAAGGGAAAAGAUGAAUUUGCAUUUAAACAGCGGCUUAUGACUUCUUCAGCUUCUUCAAACAUCCUGAAAUUUCACAACAAUGAAUUAGUUGUGGUGCCGUAAUUCUUGCUUUUGAAGGCAAACGUGCACAACAAGGUCACAUAUAUAAUAAAUAACAAAUUAAGUGAGUAACCAGUUAAUUUAUUUUGGUGAUGUUGCUUUUUAUUAUUCCUGCAUGAAAUGUGGGUGUUGCUGAUUCUCUAUCCCUAAAAGGAUAUGGUUGACCAGGAUUAUUGCGGAGGUAAUGGCCUAGUGGUAUUAUCACUAGACUGUUAUUCCAGAAACCCAGAUAAAAUUCUGAGGACCUGCAUUCAAAUCCUGCUAUGGCAGAUGGUGGAAUUUGAAUUCAGUACAAUGUCUGGAAAUUAAGAAUCUAAUGAUGACCAUGAAUCAAUUGUUGAUUGUUAGAAAAACCCAUCUGAUUCACUCUCACGUCCUUUAGGGAAGGAGGCUGCCAUCCUUACCUGGUCUUGCCUACAUGUGAGUCCAGACCCCCAGCAAUGUGGUUGACUCUCAACUGCCCUCUGGGCAAUUGGGGAUGGACAAUAAAUGUGGCCUAGCCAGUGAUGCCCUCAUCCUGU